GCCCCUCACUGUCAGUUCACGGCAGAAAACAAUAGAGAGCGCGGGAGGCGUGAAAAGCAGAGAAACAGAGAAACUGAGAAACUGUCCGGGCAGCUGAGCAAUAAAUACAACUUGUUUUAGAUAUCACCUUUUGUGCCUGGCGUACAAAAAAAUACACGUUAAUUAAGCCAAGACGAACACUGACUUCUAUAUUUAGCGAGACGAGUUACUGAAGAGACAACAAAAACACUUUUUUUGGCAGCUAUCGUGACAGAUCAUUAUCGUGGUCGCGUGGGGAAAAGAAAGACUGAGAAGCAAAAGCAGGCGUUCCGUCCCUCUAUCGCGAGCUGAUGGCUAACGGCGAGCCGCUGGAAAUCGCGGGCAGCGAGCUGGUUCACAUCCUGCGCACCCCGCCGGAGCUGUUCGCCUCGGGCGGCUGCGUGCUCCUCGACUGCAGACCCUUCCUGUCGUACUCCCGGGCGCACAUCCGCGGCUCCCGCAACGUCAACUGGAACUCGAUGCUGCGGCGAAGGUCCAAGAGCGCCGUGGUGAGCCUCGAGUGGCUGGUGCCCGACAGGUCGCUGCUGAGCGGGCUGCGCGCCGGACACUUCUCCCCGGUGGUGGUGCUGGACGAGGAGAGCCGCUCCGUGGCCGAGCUGAAGGCGGAGAGCCUGGCCAGCAUGUUGCUGAGCGCCCUGAGAGCCGAGGUGGAACCCGGAGCGGCACAGAUCUGCUUCCUACAAGGCGGGUUCGAGUCUUUCUUCGGCGCCUACGGCGAUCUGUGCGUCAACAGCGCGGCGGCGAGUGGAAACCAGAGCUCCGCGAGGGACCCCGAGCCCGGCCUGUCCGGCAGGACCACGCCCCUCUACGACCAGGACGGUCCGGUCGAGAUCCUCCCUUUCCUCUUCCUGGGCAGUGCCCACCACUCUUCGAGACGCGAGACCCUGGCGCAGUGCGGCAUCACGGCCGUGCUUAACGUCUCCUCCUCCUGCCCCAACCUCUUCGAGACCGAGCUCCUCUACAUGACCCUACGCGUGGAGGACAGCCUGGCGGCAGAUAUCCGCGCUCGUUUCCCAGAGGCCAUCCGCUUCAUUGACUCCGUGAAGGAGAGCGGCGGGCGCGUACUGGUGCACUGCCAAGCGGGCAUCUCACGCUCAGCUACCAUCUGCCUGGCCUACCUGAUCCACUCGCUGCGCGUGCGUCUGGACGAGGCCUUCGACUUCGUCAAGCAGCGACGGCGAGUCAUCUCGCCUAAUCUGGCCUUCAUGGGCCAGCUUCUGCAGUUUGAGACCGACGUUUUGUGCCACUGACCCACCCCUUCCCGAGCUGUCGGCACCGGUCGGAUGGACUCGCGCAAUCUUCGGUACUUGAAAAAGCUCAAAAGCAAAAGGUUACUGUGGAGGUCGUCACGUGCCAUCUGCUCUGCACCGAGCACAAUGCAUCUUCACUCCUGUCUCUGCUGUGCACGCAGACUAACUACGACACUAGUUUUUGCUGAGCAAAAAUACUACAAAGUUGAAUGUCUUCGCCCCGUGCAGGCUGACUUUGUAAUUUUUUUUCAGGACAGAUAAAACUGAGUUACUGACAGUAGAGUAGGAGGACACAUUCACCACUAUGCAGCCACGCACUAGUUGCAUGUGCACUGACGUGCACACGUCUCUACCUUUAAUCCAUGGCGACUGGAAAAAGAGACUGCUAGCUCAUGUUCCGAGGGCUUAUGCUAGGAUCAACUUGAAUAUGUUUUUCAACUAUUCAAAACUGCAGUUCCUACAGCGAGUGUUUAAGCUGUGAUGAAUAUAGACAGCUUUUAGUCUUGAUGUCGAAUAGGUUUUGCACUAGCGUAAGGAAUAAGGAAAAGCCAUAUCUCUGACUUUUGAAUACGUUUUAAAAUGUAAAUACCAUUUUAAAUGAAUUGCUGGGUUUGCGUUUGUAUGUGUUCCAAUAAUGAUUAUUUUCUGGCACUGCACUUUACGUAUUGAAAUGCAAAAAAGUAAAUUGAUUACUGAUAUUUUUGUACAGAAUAAAUGGUUUUUAACUUAUGGGAAAA